AUGGAAUAAUUUCUAAUUUUGCUUCAUGCAAUUAAAAUACCUGUAUUGAUGGAUAUUAAUGGAGUAUUCUAGAUUAAAAAUGCAUUUAAAAAUAAGUUUGUGUUUAGAAAAUUAUUGAUUAAAACCUAUAAAUUUAUCAAUGCUAAUUUUGUAAUUUAGUUUUAGAUGUGUCCUACUGUAAUUAUAAUAGUUGCUCAAGUUCCUAAUACUAUUCAAUAAAAAAUGGAUCAUGCUAUGAGUAUUGUACAGAUGGAAAAAUUGCACAAAGUUAUUCAUAAUGCAAUACAUAGAAUGUAUAAUGUAUUGAUGGAUAUCAAUUAAAUUCAUAGAAUUAAUGUGAGAAAAUUAUUUGCUCUGCUAAAAUUUCUACUUCUGAUCAUUUUUUAGCAUUUUUAUAGCAAUGUCCAAAUUGUAGUAUUGCUUAAAGUAAGUAUAAUUGCUAGAAUACCUGUUUACCUAGUUCAGAAUUAUAAUAUUAUAAUUUGCAGUAAUAAUAAUGUAUGGUAUAUUGUGGUAAUGGAAUUAUCGCAUUUGAUAAAAAAAGUUGUCCUUCAUCAAAUUUAUGUGUGGAUAGAGCAUAAUGGAGCGAUUAAGAAAAAUAAUGUAAAAUAAGUGAUAGUUAAAGCACUUCAACAUAAAUUUCUACAUAAUUAUUGA